ACAGAGCAAGGCUCUGGAGCCGCACUGCCCCUGAGCCUGAGCCCUUGUGCUUAGAACCGGAGCCGGCCUGCCUAGUUGCCAGUGGCCCCUGCCGCAUCCUGUGCCAAAGGAACCUCAUCAGCCUCCUGGCUGUGCCCCACCUGCUGUCCCCACUCUGUGCUGACCGGCAGGCUUCCAGCAGCCAUGGUGGCUGGCAUGCUCAUGCCACUGGACCAGCUACGGGCCAUCUAUGAGGUGCUCUUUCGUGAGGGGGUGAUGGUUGCCAAGAAGGACCGGCGACCCCGCAGCCUGCAUCCCCAUGUGCCUGGCGUCACCAAUCUACAGGUCAUGCGUGCCAUGGCCUCGCUGAAAGCUCGGGGCCUGGUGCGGGAGACCUUUGCCUGGUGCCACUUCUACUGGUACCUGACCAACGAAGGCAUUGACCACCUACGCCAGUACCUACACCUGCCACCGGAGAUCGUACCUGCCUCUCUGCAGCGUGUGCGCCGCCCUGUCGCCAUGGUGAUGCCUGCACGUCGUCGCUCCCCCCAUGUGCAGACCAUGCAAGGUCCCCUAGGCUGCCCACCAAAAAGGGGGCCUCUGCCAGCUGAGGACUCUGCCCGUGAGGAGCGGCAGGUCUAUCGCAGGAAGGAGCGUGAGGAGGGGGCACCUGAAACCCCUGUGGUAUCUGCCACUACUGUGGGGACCCUGGCCAGGCCAGGCCCGGAGCCCGCCCCAGCCACAGAUGAACGAGACCGUGUGCAGAAGAAAACUUUCACCAAGUGGGUCAACAAACACCUUAUCAAGCACUGGAGGGCAGAGGCUCAGAGGCACAUCAGUGAUCUGUAUGAAGACCUCCGUGAUGGCCACAACCUCAUCUCGCUGCUGGAAGUCCUCUCAGGAGACAGCCUGCCCCGAGAGAAGGGGAGGAUGCGUUUCCAUAAGCUGCAGAAUGUUCAGAUUGCCCUGGAUUAUCUCCGACAUCGCCAGGUAAAGUUAGUGAACAUCAGAAAUGAUGACAUUGCUGACGGCAACCCCAAGCUGACCCUUGGUCUGAUCUGGACAAUCAUCCUGCACUUCCAGAUCUCAGACAUUCAGGUGAGCGGACAGUCGGAGGACAUGACGGCAAAAGAGAAGCUGCUGCUGUGGUCCCAGCGUAUGGUGGAGGGCUACCAAGGCCUGCGCUGCGACAACUUCACCACCAGCUGGCGCGAUGGCCGUCUCUUCAAUGCUAUCAUCCACCGGCACAAGCCCAUGCUCAUAGAUAUGAAUAAAGUGUAUCGACAGACCAACCUGGAGAACCUAGACCAGGCCUUCUCCGUGGCAGAGCGGGACCUGGGAGUUACAAGGCUCCUGGACCCAGAAGAUGUGGAUGUCCCUCAGCCUGACGAGAAGUCUAUCAUCACCUAUGUCUCAUCCCUGUAUGAUGCCAUGCCCCGUGUGCCCGGCGCACAGGAUGGAGUGAGGGCCAAUGAGCUGCAGCUUCGUUGGCAGGAAUACCGGGAGCUUGUGCUGCUGCUGCUGCAGUGGAUCCGGCACCACACCGCUGCUUUUGAGGAGCGCAAGUUCCCCUCCAGCUUUGAAGAGAUCGAGAUCCUAUGGUGCCAGUUUUUGAAAUUCAAGGAGACAGAACUUCCUGCCAAGGAGGCAGACAAGAACCGGUCCAAAGGCAUCUACCAGUCUUUGGAGGGGGCAGUACAAGCAGGCCAGCUCAAGAUUCCCCCUGGCUAUCACCCGCUAGACGUGGAGAAGGAGUGGGGCAAGCUGCACGUGGCCAUCCUGGAGCGGGAGAAGCAACUCCGGAGCGAGUUUGAGAGGCUGGAGUGUCUUCAGCGCAUUGUGAGCAAACUGCAGAUGGAGGCUGGGCUGUGUGAGGAGCAGCUGAACCAGGCGGACUCCCUACUGCAGUCGGAUAUCCGGCUGCUGGCCUCAGGCAAAGCCGCUCAGCGGGCUGGGGAAGUCGAGAGAGAUCUGGACAAGGCUGAUGGUAUGAUCCGGCUGUUGUUCAAUGAUGUGCAGACCCUUAAAGAUGGGCGGCACCCACAGGGUGAACAGAUGUACAGGAGGGUGUAUCGUCUGCAUGAGCGUCUGGUAGCCAUCCGCACCGAAUACAACCUCCGGCUGAAGGCAGGGGUGGGUGCCCCUGUGACACAAGUGACCCUGCAGAGUACACAGAGGCGCCCAGAGCUAGAGGACUCCACACUGCGCUACUUGCAAGACCUGCUGGCAUGGGUAGAGGAGAACCAGCGUCGAAUAGACAGUGCUGAGUGGGGUGUGGACUUGCCUAGUGUGGAGGCUCAGCUGGGCAGCCACCGAGGCAUGCAUCAGUCUAUCGAGGAGUUUCGGGCCAAGAUCGAGCGGGCUCGGAAUGAUGAGAGCCAGCUUUCCCCUGCCACCCGGGGCGCCUACCGAGACUGCCUGGGCCGCCUAGACCUGCAGUAUGCAAAGCUGCUGAACUCCUCCAAGGCCCGCCUCCGGUCCCUGGAGAGCUUGCAUGGGUUUGUGGCGGCAGCUACCAAGGAGCUGAUGUGGCUGAAUGAGAAGGAAGAGGAGGAAGUGGGCUUUGAUUGGAGCGACCGCAACACCAACAUGGCUGCCAAGAAAGAAAGUUACUCGGCCCUGAUGCGUGAACUGGAAAUGAAGGAAAAGAAAAUCAAGGAGAUCCAGAACACAGGGGAUAGGUUGCUGCGGGAAGACCAUCCUGCCCGGCCCACAGUGGAGUCCUUCCAGGCUGCCUUGCAGACACAGUGGAGCUGGAUGCUACAGCUGUGUUGCUGCAUUGAAAUGCACUUGAAAGAGAACACAGCCUACUUCCAGUUCUUCUCAGAUGUUCGGGAGGCUGAGGAACACUUGCAGAAACUACAGGAGACGUUACGCAGGAAGUACAGCUGUGACCGCUCCAUCACCGUCACCAGGCUUGAGGACCUGCUGCAGGAUGCCCAGGAUGAGAAGGAGCAACUGAAUGAGUACAAGGGGCACCUCUCAGGCCUGGCCAAGCGGGCCAAGGCUAUUGUGCAGCUGAAGCCACGCAACCCCGCCCACCCUGUGCGGGGCCACGUGCCCCUUCUAGCUGUGUGUGACUACAAGCAGGUGGAGGUGACUGUGCACAAGGGUGACCAGUGCCAGCUGGUGGGUCCUGCCCAGCCAUCCCACUGGAAGGUGCUGAGUGGCUCCAGCAGUGAGGCUUCAGUGCCUUCUGUGUGCUUUCUUGUGCCGCCACCCAACCAGGAGGCCCAGGAAGCUGUUGCUAGACUGGAGGCCCAGCAUCAGGCCCUGGUUACACUGUGGCACCAGCUUCACGUGGACAUGAAGAGUCUUCUGGCAUGGCAGAGCCUCAGUCGGGACAUACAGCUCAUCCGGUCCUGGUCCCUAGUCACGUUCCGCACACUAAAGCCCGAGGAGCAGAAGCAAGCUCUGCGCAACCUGGAGCUGCACUACCAGGCCUUCCUUCGAGACAGCCAGGACGCUGGUGGCUUUGGGCCUGAAGACCGGCUGGUGGCAGAGCGCGAGUAUGCAUCUUGCAGUCGCCACUACCAGCAGCUGCUACAAAGCCUGGAGCAGGGCGAGCAGGAGGAGUCUCGCUGUCAGCGAUGCAUCUCGGAGCUCAAGGAUAUUCGGCUGCAGCUGGAGGCCUGUGAGACUCGGACUGUGCACCGUCUGCGGCUGCCGCUGGACAAGGACCCUGCACGGGAGUGUGCCCAGCGCAUUGCUGAACAACAGAAAGCACAGGCUGAGGUGGAGGGGCUGGGUAAGGGAGUUGCCCGGCUGUCUGCUGAGGCUGAGAAAGUUCUAGCCUUGCCAGAGCCGUCACCUGCUGCACCCACUCUGCGCUCGGAAUUGGAAUUGACCCUGGGCAAGCUGGAACAGGUCCGAAGCUUGUCUGCCAUCUACUUGGAGAAACUCAAGACCAUCAGCUUGGUAAUUCGCAGUACCCAGGGGGCUGAGGAGGUGCUCAAAACCCAUGAGGAGCAGCUGAAGGAGGCCCAGGCUGUGCCUGCCACUCUCCAAGAGCUUGAAGCCACCAAGGCCUCCCUAAAGAAGCUGCGGGCCCAGGCUGAAGCACAGCAGCCCGUAUUCAACACCCUAAGAGAUGAGUUGCGGGGGGCACAGGAAGUUGGUGAGCGGCUACAGCAGCGGCAUGGCGAGCGGGACGUGGAAGUGGAGCGCUGGCGAGAACGUGUCAGUCAGUUGCUGGAACGCUGGCAGGCUGUACUAGCCCAAACUGAUGUGCGGCAGCGAGAGCUGGAGCAGCUGGGCCGCCAGCUUCGCUACUACCGUGAGAGUGCAGAUCCGCUGAGCUCCUGGCUGCAGGACGCCAAGAGGCGGCAGGAGCAGAUCCAGGCCGUGCCAAUAGCCAACAGUCAGGCUGCUCGAGAGCAGCUGCGCCAGGAGAAGGCCCUGCUGGAGGAGAUUGAGCGUCAUGGUGAGAAGGUUGAGGAGUGCCAGAAGUUUGCUAAGCAGUACAUCAAUGCAAUCAAGGACUAUGAGCUCCAGCUGAUCACCUACAAGGCUCAACUUGAACCCGUGGCCUCCCCCGCCAAGAAGCCCAAGGUUCAGUCUGGAUCAGAGAGCGUCAUCCAGGAGUAUGUGGAUCUACGCACACGCUACAGUGAGCUGACCACACUCACGAGUCAGUACAUCAAAUUCAUCAGUGAGACACUACGCCGCAUGGAAGAGGAAGAGCGGCUGGCUGAACAACAGCGGGCAGAGGAGCGGGAGCGACUGGCCGAGGUGGAGGCCGCACUGGAGAAGCAGCGGCAGCUAGCUGAGGCCCACGCCCAGGCUAAGGCACAGGCAGAGCUGGAAGCCCAAGAACUGCAGCGGCGCAUGCAGGAGGAGGUGACACGGCGUGAGGAGGCAGCGGUGGAUGCACAACAGCAGAAGCGCAGCAUCCAAGAGGAGCUGCAGCAUCUGCGGCAGAGCUCAGAGGCAGAGAUCCAGGCCAAGGCCCAGCAGGUGGAGGCUGCGGAGCGCAGCCGGAUGCGCAUCGAGGAAGAGAUCCGUGUGGUGCGGCUGCAACUGGAGACAACUGAGCGUCAGCGUGGAGGGGCAGAGGAUGAGCUACAGGCUCUGCGUGCACGGGCCGAGGAGGCAGAAGCACAGAAGCGGCAGGCUCAGGAGGAAGCUGAACGCCUGCGAAGGCAGGUGCAAGAUGAGAGCCAGCGCAAACGGCAGGCAGAGGCAGAGCUGGCCCUGCGUGUGAAGGCUGAAGCCGAGGCAGCGCGAGAGAAGCAGCGGGCCCUGCAGGCCCUGGAUGAGCUAAGACUGCAGGCUGAGGAGGCUGAACGGCGGCUGCGCCAAGCUGAGGCAGAGAGGGCACGCCAAGUGCAGGUAGCCCUGGAGACAGCACAGCGCAGUGCAGAAGUGGAGCUGCAGAGCAAGCGGGCAUCCUUUGCAGAGAAGACCGCGCAGUUGGAACGCACUCUGCAGGAAGAGCAUGUGACGGUGGCACAGCUGCGGGAGGAGGCCGAGCGCCGGGCACAGCAGCAAGCCGAAGCUGAGCGAGCCCGUGAGGAGGCUGAGCGGGAGCUGGAGCGCUGGCAGCUGAAGGCCAAUGAGGCGCUGCGGCUGCGGCUGCAGGCAGAAGAGGUGGCGCAGCAGAAGAGCCUGGCACAGGCCGAUGCCGAGAAGCAGAAGGAAGAGGCAGAGCGGGAAGCACGGCGGCGGGGCAAGGCAGAGGAGCAGGCUGUGCGGCAGCGGGAGCUGGCUGAGCAGGAGCUGGAGAAGCAGCGGCAGCUGGCGGAAGGCACUGCCCAGCAGCGCCUGGCUGCAGAGCAGGAGCUGAUCCGCCUGCGGGCGGAGACAGAGCAGGGCGAGCAGCAGCGGCAGCUGCUGGAGGAAGAGCUGGCCCGGCUACAGCACGAGGCAGCUGCAGCCACGCAGAAGCGCCAGGAACUGGAGGCAGAGCUGGCUAAGGUUCGAGCAGAGAUGGAGGUGCUGCUGGCCAGCAAGGCACGAGCCGAGGAAGAGUCUCGCUCUACCAGCGAAAAGUCUAAGCAGAGGCUGGAGGCUGAGGCAGGCCGCUUUCGAGAGCUGGCUGAGGAGGCUGCCCGUCUGCGUGCUCUGGCUGAGGAGGCCAAGCGGCAGCGGCAGUUGGCCGAGGAGGAUGCCGCACGCCAGCGGGCUGAGGCAGAGCGAGUGCUUACUGAGAAGCUGGCUGCCAUCAGUGAGGCCACGAGGCUCAAGACAGAGGCAGAGAUUGCACUCAAAGAGAAGGAGGCCGAGAACGAGCGCCUGAGGCGUCUGGCUGAAGAUGAGGCCUUCCAGCGGCGGCGUCUGGAGGAGCAGGCGGCACAGCACAAGGCUGACAUCGAGGAGCGCCUGGCCCAGCUGCGCAAGGCAUCAGAGAGUGAGCUGGAGCGACAGAAGGGCCUGGUGGAGGACACCCUGCGGCAGCGGCGGCAGGUGGAGGAGGAGAUCAUGGCGCUGAAGGCGAGCUUUGAGAAGGCUGCCGCUGGCAAGGCAGAACUGGAGCUGGAGCUGGGGCGCAUCCGCAGCAAUGCCGAGGACACGAUGCGCAGCAAGGAGCAGGCAGAACUGGAGGCAGCGCGGCAGCGGCAGUUGGCAGCCGAGGAGGAGCAGAGGCGCCGCGAGGCUGAGGAGCGUGUGCAGCGGAGCCUGGCAGCCGAGGAGGAAGCUGCACGGCAGCGCAAGGUUGCCCUGGAGGAAGUCGAGCGGCUCAAGGCCAAGGUUGAAGAGGCGCGGCGCCUGCGAGAGCGAGCCGAGCAGGAGUCCGCCAGGCAGCUGCAGCUGGCCCAGGAGGCCGCCCAGAAACGGCUGCAGGCGGAGGAGAAGGCACACGCCUUUGUGGUGCAGCAGCGAGAAGAGGAGCUGCAGCAGACGCUUCAGCAAGAGCAGAACAUGCUGGAGCGGCUGCGGAGCGAGGCAGAGGCGGCAAGGCGAGCUGCUGAGGAGGCAGAGGAGGCCCGGGAGCAGGCAGAGCGUGAGGCAGCGCAGUCUCGGAAACAAGUGGAAGAGGCCGAGCGGCUGAAGCAGUCAGCAGAGGAGCAGGCUCAGGCCCAGGCGCAGGCGCAGGCGGCGGCAGAGAAGCUGCGCAAGGAAGCUGAGCAGGAGGCAGCGCGUCGGGCACAGGCGGAGCAGGCAGCGUUGAAACAGAAGCAGGCUGCCGACGCAGAGAUGGAGAAGCAUAAGAAGUUUGCAGAGCAGACACUGCGGCAGAAGGCCCAGGUAGAGCAGGAGCUGACCACACUGAGGCUACAGCUAGAGGAGACUGACCACCAGAAGAGCAUCCUGGACGAGGAGCUGCAGCGACUGAAGGCUGAGGUAACAGAGGCAGCCCGGCAGCGUAGCCAGGUAGAGGAAGAGCUCUUCUCUGUCCGUGUGCAGAUGGAGGAGCUAGGCAAGCUCAAGGCUCGCAUUGAAGCUGAAAACCGGGCACUCAUUCUUCGAGACAAGGACAACACACAGCGCUUCCUAGAGGAGGAGGCUGAGAAGAUGAAACAGGUGGCAGAGGAAGCUGCACGGUUGAGUGUGGCUGCCCAGGAGGCAGCAAGGCUGCGGCAGCUAGCCGAGGAGGACCUGGCACAGCAGCGGGCCCUGGCAGAGAAGAUGCUGAAGGAAAAGAUGCAGGCGGUACAGGAAGCCACGAGGCUCAAGGCUGAGGCCGAGCUGCUACAGCAGCAGAAGGAGCUUGCCCAGGAGCAGGCCCGGCGGCUUCAGGAGGACAAGGAGCAAAUGGCUCAGCAGUUGGUAGAGGAGACCCAGGGUUUCCAGCGGACUCUGGAGGCUGAGCGGCAGAGGCAGCUGGAAAUGAGCGCCGAGGCCGAGCGCCUCAAGCUGCGCAUGGCUGAGAUGAGCCGGGCUCAGGCGCGUGCAGAGGAGGACGCCCAGCGCUUCCGGAAGCAGGCAGAAGAGAUCGGUGAAAAGCUGCACCGCACGGAACUUGCUACCCAGGAGAAGGUGACAUUGGUGCAGACGCUCGAGAUCCAGCGACAGCAGAGUGACCAGGAUGCCGAGCGUCUGAGGGAGGCCAUUGCUGAGCUGGAGCGUGAGAAGGAGAAGCUCAAGCAGGAGGCGAAGUUACUGCAGCUCAAGUCUGAGGAGAUGCAGACUGUGCAGCAGGAACAGAUACUACAGGAGACACAGGCCCUGCAGAAGAGCUUUCUCUCUGAGAAGGACAGCCUGCUGCAACGGGAACGCUUCAUCGAGCAGGAGAAGGCCAAGCUGGAGCAGCUUUUCCAGGACGAGGUGGCCAAAGCACAGCAGCUGCGGGAGGAACAGCAGCGGCAGCAGCGGCAGAUGGAACAGGAGAAGCAGGAGCUGGUGGCCAGCAUGGAGGAGGCCAGGAGGCGGCAGCGCGAGGCAGAGGAGGGUGUGAGGCGCAAGCAAGAGGAACUACAGCAGCUGGAGCAGCAGCGGCAGCAGCAGGAGAAGCUGCUGGCGGAGGAGAACCAGAAGCUGCGGGAGAGGCUGCAGCGCCUGGAGGAAGAGCACCGGGCUGCGUUGGCACACACCGAGGAGAUUGCUACCACCCAGGCUGCUGCCACAAAGGCACUGCCCAAUGGCCGUGAUGCACUCGAUGGCCCCUCCAUGGAGGCCGAACCUGAGUACUCCUUUGAGGGAUUACGUCAGAAGGUGCCAGCUCAGCAGCUACAGGAAGCAGGCAUCCUGAGCAAGGAGGAGCUGCAGCGUUUGGCACAGGGUCACACCACGGUGGCAGAGCUCACGCAGCGGGAAGAUGUGUACCGAUAUCUGAAGGGCCGCAGCAGCAUUGCAGGACUGCUCCUGAAGCCCACCAAUGAGAAGCUGAGUGUCUAUACAGCCCUGCAGCGGCAGCUGCUCAGCCCCGGAACAGCUCUUAUCUUACUUGAGGCCCAGGCAGCCUCAGGCUUCCUGCUGGACCCUGUGCGGAACCGGCGGCUGACUGUCAAUGAGGCUGUGAAGGAGGGUGUUGUGGGUCCUGAGCUGCACCACAAACUGCUGUCAGCUGAGCGUGCAGUCACUGGCUACAAGGACCCCUAUACAGGGGAGCAGAUCUCCCUCUUCCAGGCCAUGAAGAAGGACCUUAUUGUCAGGGACCACGGCAUCCGCCUGCUGGAGGCCCAGAUCGCCACGGGAGGCAUCAUCGACCCUGUGCACAGCCACCGCGUGCCCGUGGACGUGGCCUACCAACGUGGCUACUUUGAUGAGGAGAUGAACCGCAUCUUGUCUGACCCAAGUGAUGACACCAAGGGCUUCUUCGACCCCAACACCCACGAGAACCUCACUUACCUGCAGCUGCUGGAGCGCUGUGUGGAGGACCCUGAGACAGGCCUGCGCCUCCUGCCACUCACAGAUAAGGCUGCCAAGGGUGGUGAGUUGGUGUACACUGAUACGGAGGCCCGUGACGUCUUCGAAAAGGCCACUGUGUCUGCACCAUUUGGCAAGUUCCAGGGCAAGACUGUAACCAUCUGGGAGAUCAUCAACUCAGAGUACUUCACAGCAGAGCAGCGGCGGGACCUGCUCCGGCAGUUCCGCACGGGCCGGAUCACGGUGGAGAAGAUCAUCAAGAUUGUCAUCACAGUGGUGGAGGAACACGAGCGGAAGGGCCAGCUCUGCUUUGAGGGCCUCCGUGCCCUGGUGCCUGCCGCAGAGCUGCUGGACAGUGGGGUCAUCAGCCACGAGCUCUACCAGCAGCUGCAGCGGGGUGAGCGUUCUGUGCGGGAAGUGGCCGAGGCAGACAACGUGAGGCAGGCCCUGCGGGGUACCGACGUCAUUGCCGGUGUGUGGCUGGAAGAAGCAGGGCAGAAGCUGAGCAUCUAUGAGGCCCUGAGGAAAGAUUUGCUGCAGCCGGAGGUGGCUGUGGCCUUGCUGGAGGCCCAGGCUGGCACUGGGCACAUCAUCGACCCUGCCACUAGUGCCAGGCUGACUGUGGACGAGGCAGUGCGUGCUGGCCUGGUGGGUCCUGAGCUGCAUGAGAAGCUCUUGUCAGCUGAAAAGGCAGUAACAGGCUAUAGGGAUCCCUACUCAGGACAAAGUGUCUCACUAUUCCAGGCCCUGAAGAAGGGUCUCAUCCCCCGAGAACAGGGCCUGCGCCUGCUGGAUGCCCAGUUAUCCACUGGUGGCAUUGUAGACCCCAGCAAAAGCCACCGUGUGCCCCUGGAUGUUGCCUAUGCCCGAGGUUACCUGGACAAAGAGACUAACAGGGCCCUGACAUCACCCAGAGAUGAUGCCAGAGUCUACCUUGACCCCAGCACCCGGGAGCCAGUCACCUACAGCCAGCUCCAGCAGCGGUGCAGGUCUGACCAGCUGACCGGGUUGAGCCUACUGCCACUCUCAGAGAAGGCUGUCCGGGCCCGGCAGGAGGAGGUCUACUCUGAGGUCCAGGCCCGUGAGACCCUGGAGAAGGCCAAGGUUGAGGUUCCUGUGGGCAGCUUGAAGGGCAGGGCAGUGACUGUGUGGGAGCUCAUUCGCUCGGAGUACUUCACUGAGGAGCAGCGGCAGGAGCUGCUACGCCAGUUCCGCACAGGCAAGGUCACUGUGGAGAAGGUCAUCAAGAUUCUUAUCACCAUUGUGGAGGAGGUGGAGACUCAGCGGCAGGAGAGACUGUCCUUUAGUGGCCUCCGUGCCCCUGUGCCGGCCAGUGAGCUCCUGGCCGCCAAGAUCCUCAGCAGAGCUCAAUUUGACCAGCUUAAGGACGGCAAGACAUCAGUCAAAGAUCUGUCAGAGGUGGACUCUGUGCGGACACUGCUGCAAGGCAGCGGCUGCCUGGCUGGCAUCUAUCUGGAGGACUCGAAGGAGAAAGUAACCAUCUAUGAGGCCAUGCGCCGGGGCCUCCUCAGACCCAGCACAGCCACACUCCUGCUGGAGGCCCAGGCAGCCACUGGUUUCCUAGUGGACCCUGUUCGGAACCAGCGUCUGUACGUCCAUGAGGCUGUCAAGGCAGGAGUAGUGGGCCCUGAGCUCCAUGAGAAGCUGCUGUCAGCUGAGAAGGCGGUCACUGGCUAUAAGGAUCCUUACUCAGGCAACACCAUCUCGCUGUUCCAGGCUAUGAAGAAGGGCUUAGUUCUCAGGGACCAUGCCAUCCGCCUGCUGGAGGCCCAGAUCGCCACAGGUGGCAUCAUCGACCCUGUGCACAGCCACCGCCUGCCCGUGGACGUGGCCUACCAGCGUGGCUACUUUGAUGAGGAGAUGAACCGUGUGCUGGCAGAUCCAAGCGAUGACACCAAGGGCUUCUUCGACCCCAACACCCACGAGAACCUCACCUACCUGCAGCUGCUGGAGCGCUGUGUGGAGGACCCUGAGACAGGCCUGCGCCUCCUGCCACUCAAAGGCGCGGAGAAGACAGAGGUGGUAGAAACCACACAGGUGUAUACUGAGGAGGAGACUCGGAGGGCGUUCGAGGAGACGCAGAUCGACAUCCCAGGUGGUGGCAGCCACGGUGGCUCCUCCAUGUCUCUGUGGGAGGUAAUGCAGUCCGACAUGAUCCCGGAGGAUCAGCGUGCCCGGCUCAUGGCUGACUUCCAGGCUGGCAGAGUCACCAAGGAGCGCAUGAUCAUCAUCAUCAUUGAAAUCAUUGAGAAGACCGAGAUCAUCCGCCAGCAGAACCUCGCCUCCUAUGACUAUGUGCGCCGCCGCCUCACUGCCGAAGAUCUGUACGAGGCCCGGAUCAUCUCCCUUGAGACCUACAACCUCUUCCGGGAAGGCACCAAGAACCUCCGUGAGGUUCUGGAGAUGGAAUCUGCCUGGCGCUACCUUUACGGCACAGGAUCAGUGGCCGGUGUCUACCUGCCUGGCUCCAGGCAGACGCUAAGCAUCUACCAGGCCCUUAAGAAGGGACUGCUGAGUGCCGAGGUGGCCCGCUUAUUGCUGGAAGCACAGGCAGCCACGGGCUUCCUGCUGGACCCAGUGAAGGGAGAGCGGCUGACUGUGGAUGAGGCUGUGCGGAAGGGUCUGGUAGGCCCGGAGCUGCAUGACCGGCUCCUCUCUGCCGAGCGGGCUGUCACUGGCUACCGUGACCCCUACACCGAGCAGACCAUCUCGCUCUUCCAGGCCAUGAAGAAAGAGCUGAUCCCUGCUGAGGAGGCACUGAGGCUGCUGGAUGCCCAGCUAGCCACAGGAGGCAUUGUGGACCCCCGCCUGGGUUUCCACCUCCCUCUGGAGGUGGCUUACCAACGUGGCUACCUCAGUAAGGACACACAUGACCAGUUGUCGGAGCCCAGUGAGGUGCGCAGCUAUGUGGACCCCUCCACGGAUGAGCGUCUCAGCUACACACAGCUGCUCAAGCGUUGCCGCCGUGAUGACAACAGUGGACAGAUGCUGCUGCCGCUCUCUGAUGCCCGCAAGCUGACCUUCCGUGGCCUGCGCAAGCAGAUCACCAUGGAGGAGCUGGUACGCUCUCAAGUCAUGGACGAGGCCACAGCCCUACAGCUACAAGAAGGCCUGACCUCCAUUGAGGAGGUCACUAAGAACCUGCAGAAGUUCCUUGAGGGUACCAGUUGCAUUGCCGGAGUCUUUGUUGACGGUACCAAGGAACGGCUCUCUGUGUACCAGGCCAUGAAGAAGGGCAUCAUCCGUCCGGGUACAGCCUUCGAGCUCCUGGAAGCACAGGCAGCCACUGGCUAUGUCAUUGACCCCAUCAAGGGACUCAAGCUGACCGUGGAAGAGGCCGUGCGUAUGGGUAUUGUGGGCCCCGAGUUCAAGGACAAGCUGCUGUCAGCUGAGCGUGCAGUCACUGGCUACAAGGAUCCCUACUCUGGGAAACUCAUCUCUCUCUUCCAGGCCAUGAAGAAGGGCCUAAUCCUGAAGGACCAUGGUAUUCGUCUGCUAGAGGCUCAGAUUGCCACUGGUGGCAUCAUUGACCCCGAGGAAAGCCACCGUCUGCCUGUGGAAGUGGCAUAUAAGCGUGGCCUCUUUGAUGAGGAGAUGAACGAGAUCCUGACUGAUCCCUCAGAUGACACCAAGGGUUUCUUUGACCCCAACACAGAAGAGAACCUCACAUACCUGCAGCUGAUGGAGCGUUGCAUCACUGAUCCCCAGACUGGCCUGUGUCUCCUGCCACUGAAGGAGAAGAAGCGGGAGCGGAAGACAUCCUCCAAGUCCUCAGUGCGCAAGCGCCGCGUGGUGAUUGUGGACCCUGAGACAGGCAAGGAGAUGUCCGUGUAUGAGGCCUACCGCAAGGGCCUCAUUGACCACCAGACCUACCUGGAGUUGUCAGAGCAGGAGUGCGAGUGGGAAGAAAUCACCAUCUCCUCCUCAGAUGGCGUCGUCAAAUCUAUGAUCAUCGACCGCCGCUCUGGCCGCCAGUAUGACAUUGAUGACGCCAUCACCAAGAACCUCAUUGACCGCUCAGCACUGGACCAGUACCGCGCCGGCACGCUUUCUAUCACCGAGUUUGCUGACAUGCUCUCAGGCAAUGCUGGUGGCUUCCGUUCCCGCUCCUCCUCUGUGGGCUCGUCUUCCUCCUACCCCAUCAGUUCUGCUGCCCCUAGGACCCAGCUGGCCUCCUGGUCCGAUCCUACUGAGGAGACUGGCCCAGUGGCCGGCAUCCUAGACACAGAGACUCUGGAGAAGGUGUCCAUCACGGAGGCCAUGCACCGCAACCUGGUAGACAACAUCACUGGCCAGCGGCUGCUGGAGGCACAGGCCUGCACCGGGGGCAUCAUUGACCCCAGCACUGGUGAGCGCUUCCCAGUCACUGAGGCUGUCAACAAGGGCCUGGUGGACAAGAUCAUGGUAGACCGUAUCAAUCUGGCUCAGAAGGCCUUCUGUGGGUUUGAGGACCCGCGCACCAAGACCAAGAUGUCAGCUGCCCAGGCCCUGAAAAAGGGCUGGCUGUACUACGAGGCAGGCCAGCGUUUCCUGGAGGUGCAGUACCUAACAGGUGGUCUGAUUGAACCUGACACACCUGGCCGUGUGUCUCUUGAUGAAGCCCUGCAACGUGGCACUGUGGAUGCCCGCACAGCCCAGAAGUUGCGUGAUGUCAGUGCUUACUCCAAGUACCUCACGUGCCCCAAGACCAAGCUCAAGAUCUCCUACAAGGACGCUCUGGAUCGUAGCAUGGUGGAGGAGGGCACAGGGCUGAGGCUGCUGGAAGCAGCGGCACAGUCCAGCAAGGGCUACUACAGCCCCUACAGUGUCAGUGGCUCUGGCUCUACCGCCGGUUCACGCACUGGUUCACGCACCGGCUCCAGGGCCGGCUCCCGCCGUGGCAGCUUCGAUGCCACUGGCUCUGGCUUCUCCAUGACCUUUUCUUCUUCCUCCUACUCUUCCUCAGGCUAUGGCCGCCGCUAUGCCUCAGGGCCUUCAGCCUCUCUUGGGGGCCCUGAGUCUGCAGUGGCCUGAUCCCCUCAGCCUGCAUCCUGCCUUCCCGCUCUGCAUGUGACCAGGCUCCCCGUGGAGGCGCUGGGGUCUUUUUUUUUUUCUUUCUUUCUUUCUUUCUUUUUUUUUUUUUUUAACAUUUAAAGGUGUCUUCCUCCCAAGCGGUGCCUAAAAUUUAACCAAAAAGACCAGACUAACACAUUAAUAAAUAUAUGCCAUGUCCAGACAGCCUGUGUCUUGGGAACCAGGGCUGGCCCAGGUCCAGUGAGCACUUCAUUCUCCUUGGGCCUCCCUCAUCCUUUCUACCUGCCACUACCUGCCACUCACAACAGCUAGGUGCCUUGGAGACUCCAGAGCUGGGCACUCAGCCUAUCACUCCUGUCUCUCCUGGGAGGACUCUAUCUGGGAAAGGACCUCAGACCUCUAAGCCAACCCCACCGGAUGUCUACCUGCUGGUCCUAGCUGCUGAGGGGAACUGGGGACAAUCCUGUGAGCAGACAGCUCUCGAGCCUCUUGAGGCCUCUUUCCUGAGCCAGCUGCUUCUCCCCAGUAUAUCUCUGAAUGUUCUGUAUAUUCAGUGGGUUUUGCUGGCAAAGGAAAGAUCCCAGGCCAACCAUCUCUCCAGCCUACCCAGAGAAACCCCUUCCCCAUGGGAAGAUAAGGCCUGGUCCUGGCCCCAGCCUCCCACCUGGCUCCUACAGCUGCCAUUGGAGCUAUGCUUUGUAGCUCACCACCCCGUACUUAUUCCCCUGAGACCUGAGCCUCUGCUUCUGCCUUCCAGCCUCAGCUCCCCUUGUAAGUGCCUUCUGUGUCCUUGUACCCAGGCCCUAAAGACCCAGACCCAGGGUAGGAGAUGGACAUUCUGACUGGGUGGGGCUGGAGGGUUCUGCAGAUCUGAGAAUUCUCCUACUCCAGAGGCCCAGGGACUCUUCAAGCCUGUGGAACCCCUCUCUGGGUGCUGCUGCCCACCUCACUCCCAGGGAGCCCUGGCCCCUCCUUGGCCCAGAGACACUGGCUGGCCCAUCUGACAUAAGCACCUGGCCAGUGACACUCUUCCUGUCCAGCCAGCCCUGCCUCCACCCUCUGAGUGAGCUUUGCAUGUUCCACUAACCUUGAGCUGUGGCAGGUGGAGAUGCCAGGCAGAACACUAACCUGACCAUGGGCGGGGCCCUGCGGCGUUCGCCCCCCUCAAUAAAAGCAAUUCCAACCUUCA